AUGGCCAGAUCUCUACCCAAACUCAUCCUCAUCACGCUUAUCUUCUCUCUAACCAUCUUCGGCACACGAUCCCAAACAUCCACCGGCAGCCUGUCAAUCGAAGCCGGGCCGAGAAGAUCAGAGAAGCUGAGCCACCUUCACUUCUACUUGCACGGAGCGUUUGCUGGGCCAAACUUCACCGCCACACAAGUAGCCUCAGCUUCGACGAGUAGCCAGUCGGCCACAGCCUUCGGCACGGUUUUUGUGAUCGACGACGUGCUGAAGCUGGGCCCUGACGCGCGCUCAAAGCUUGUCGGCUGGGCCCAAUGCCUCACGUCAUCGGUGUCGCAGGCCGAGACUGUCUUGUCGAUGGCCGUCAACUUUGUGUUCACCGAAGGGAAGUUCAAUGGGAGCACUUUGAGUAUGCUCGGAAGGAACAGCUUGGCGCUCGAGGUGAGGGAGAUGGCCAUUACAGGAGGGACGGGAGCUUUCCAGCUUGCGCGCGGUUAUGUUCGGACGAAGACUCACUCCAUCGACCGGACGAGUGGACUUCUCGUGUCGGAGUAUGAAGUCUACGUUUUGCAUUACUGA